AUGCGUAUCGUCGUUUAUGUUUGUCUUCUAUUAUUCUCUUUUGUACAAGGAGAUAUUAUUGCUAGUUCUAUUGAUGAACAAUGUACUUUUUUUGUAAUUAAAUAUAAAUAUAUAUCUAAAGCUAUUUUUCAAUAUGUACCUACCACUAUUAUCGAUCAAACAGCAUUAAAUAUAACUGCUGAUGUGAAUUUUUAUCAAUCAAAAUCACCUUGUAAUCAAUCUUUUGUUGAAUUACAAAAUCUACUUAUUAAUUCGUUGCAACAUGAUAGUAUUCAUACAGAUACAAAACAACUUGAAAAAGCUAUUUUUCAGAUAUUUAUUGAAACAUCUAAUAUAUUACAAAAUACAACACAGGAUGUUUUCUUCUUCAAUGAUUAUUAUAAUAAUAGUAAUCAAUAUCGUCAAAUAAAAACUAUUCGAACAAAUGAUGGUCAAUUCAUUGGUAAUUCUCUUUUUGCUAAUUAUCUUGUCAAUAAACUUGUUCUACCAACCAAAACAACAUGUGAAACAAUAAUAAAUAUAAAUGAAGAAAAACUUGAAAAAAGUAUUUGUAUAUCAAUAACUGCUAACCUUUUAACUAUUCAUAGGCAACUAAGCUUUGAUAGCAAAAUUGAUAAUCAAACAUUCAUUUUCAAAAGUAAAAACUUAAGUGCAACUCAAUUAAAAACAAAAACAAAAAAUGAUUUUGACCACUUAUUAAAACAAAUUUGUACAAAAAGUGAAUUCAAUUCACAAUAUCAGUUAAUUAAUAUGAUGAAUAAUGAACUUAACAAUGAAGAUUUAAAUAAAAUUCUUUUCCUAAACACAAAUCAAUAUUCAAAUUGUGAAUGGACAAUAAUCAAUCAAAGUAUAAUUGACGUAAAUCGUUAUCAAGCUACAGAUUAUAUUUUUAAAAAUUUUUAUCAUGAUGAAUCAAUAAUUGAACAUCAUCUUGAUUUCAUUGAAAGAAAAUCAAAUGAUCAUAUAAAACAAAUUUUAAAGAAAUAUUUUCCUAAUUCUUGUCAAAUAACAAAUAUAAUAACUCUUCGUAUGUUAAUACUUAUUUCACAAGAUAAUUUAACUAUACAAUGUAUCUUGAAUCGAAAUAACAGUUUAAAAUAUCGUGCUAUUGCAUUUCGUUUUCUUAAUAAUGAAAAAAAAUUUUUUAAAGAUUUUCAAAAUAUAUUAAUCAAUGAAGAAGAAUCAAGUGAAAUGCGUAUACUUUGUUUUCAAACAAUAUAUUUAUCUCUUAAUAUAUCUGAAAUAAAUAAUUUAAUUGAAAAUGUUAAAUCAAAUCAACUUCGUUUUUAUAUUAAAUCUUUAUUUAAACAAAGUUCAAUAUGGUUAGCAAAUUCUGGUUCAUAUAAAUUUCCAUUUGGAAAAAUGAAUAUUAUAUUUGAUGAAAAUUUAUUAUUCUAUUUUCCAAAUAUGAUUCAAUUAGAACUUGGAAAUAAUACUGAUAUUGAUUUCUAUUUUAUUAGAAAUAAUCAACAAAAUAUACAAUACGAAAUUUUAUUAAUAUUUGAUAGAAAAAAUAUUAUGCGGUUUUCAACAAUUAAGGAUUUUUUUAAUUGGAUAAAUAAUGAUCGAUUAUUUGAAAUGAAAACACUUGAUGAAUUUUGUUUAAAAAUAAAUUUAAAAACUGAUUUUAAUCUUAAAUGGCUUACUGGUUAUUUUAAUCAAUUUGAUAAUUUUUUUAAAAAAUCAACAGCUGGUAUUGUUCUAAAAAUUCAGCAUGGACUUGGUGAGAUCAUGACUGGAUAUAAAAUAAGUUUUAGCCUUGAAUCUAAUUUUAAAAUUAAUAUUCAUCAACAUGAACAUUUAACUUCAUACAUUUGGAGUUCAAUACAAAAAGAAAAUAUUCUUUUUAAAAUCGAACAAACAAUAAAGCCAUUAGUGAAUUACAAACAAAUCAUAUCAAAAAAGACUGUUUUAUCAUCAACAGUUAAAGAUUUUUGCUAUAUAAUUCCACAUUUUGAUUCAAAAAUUUGUUUAUCAUUCAUUUUUGAACGUUUAUGGCCUUCAUCAAUUGCAAUUCGAUUACUUUCGGAUGAUCCAUCACUUGUUUAUAAUUUAACUUCAUCAAAAAAUUUUCUUCAUUUUAAUAUUCAACAAGAUAAACAAAAAAUAUUUCGAUCAUAUCGUUUUAUACGUAAAUACAAUCAACAUAUAUGGAUGCCUUAUUAUAUUGAAUUUUCUACACCUACAGCUAAUUAUACAACAUAUAUUAAUUGGAAUAAUGAUAGUAAUGUAUCGUUUAAUUUACUAAAUAAUAAUCAAUUAAUUACAAAUGGUUCUGGUUUAUAUCAAUAUGAUUCAUUAAAACAACUUUCAAUUAAUUUAACAGAUAUUUAUCCAGAACAUAUUGGAAAUAUUUUUAUAAAUUAUAAUGGAAAUUUAACAAUAAAUGCAUCGAAAUUAUUAGGUAGUAAAUUAUUAAUACGUAUAGAUCGUUUAUCAAAAUGGAAACAUGCUAAUAUUGAAAUAACAGCUGAUAGAGCUUUUUUUUUCUUUAAACAAAAUUUUUUAUUGAAUUUUUAUUAUAAUAUUUAUCAAUCAUCAUUUAAUUUAACAUUAAUAAGAAAUCAAAAUAGUCAAUUUCAAUGGGCAUUUAUGAAACAUAAUUCUCAUAUUCGUCAUAUAUUAAUUAUUAAUACAUCUUUAAUAGAAUUCGAUCAUCACACUCAGAUCGAAUAUGAAAAUCCUGCAAAUCUUGGUUUUCAAUCUUCAUCUUUAAUUAAUGGAUGGUCUCUUUGGAAUAUUAGUUUUCUAAUAAUGAAUUACAAACAAAUUCAAAUUCAAUUUGAUCGAUUUACAUUUAAUUCACAUUUUAAUAAUCGAACAAUUCAUUUUGCAAUAAAUUCUUUAAAGCAAAAAAUUUUACGAUCAUACAUAGAUAUAAAUCAAUCAAAUAUUAUUCAUGUUUUAGUAGAAAUACCUGGUUAUUAUUAUGAAAGUAAAGGAAAAUUAUAUGCUAAUUAUACAAAUUUUUUCAUAGAUUUUCCAAUAAUUGAAACAAUAAUUGGAAAAACUAAAAAACAAUCUCAUAUUUAUUUUGAAUUUUUAUCAUUUGAUAAAAAUCUCAUAUUAAAUUUAACAUCAAAUUUUCGAAAUGAAUAUUUAUUUAAAUUGAUACAAAAUUUUACAUUUUAUAAUAAUUCAUUAUAUCAAUCAAAUAUUCAAUCAUCAUUAAUAAUGAUAAAAAUGAUUCAUUAUCAAUUAUUUUCAUUUCAUUCUUUUAUUCAAUAUAUUCAAAAUUCUAGAAUUAUAGAUUUAUGGAAUGGAUCUAUUAUUUUACCAUCAUUAUUUUUUUCUAAACCUUUUUUAUUACAUUAUCAAAAAGAUUCACAAUUAUUUAUACAAAUUUUUAAUUUAGCUAAUUUAACACAAACAUUAACAAAUUAUCAAAUAUCAACAAAAUUUGGUUUUCAAUUAUCAAUUAUUAAUGAUUUAUCAACAAAAAUUCAUAUUUAUAUUGAACAACAUUUAAUUGGUAGACGUCUUUCAUUAUUUUUUGAAAUUGAUCGUAAUUGGAUUUUAUCAUUAACUAUAAAUAAAAAAAUUCGUUAUGAAUUUAUAUCAUCACCAAUUGAUUCAUUAUUAUUAUUAAAACGAAUUCAUAUAGAUACAAAUACAAGUCAAAUAUUACCUAUUAAUUAUUAUACAGAUAAUCAAACAUUAAUAAGAAUUGAAAUAUUAUUUACAAAAAUAUUUUCAUCAUUUAUAAAUAAUUUUAUUUUGGAUAUAUCAUUAAAAAAUCAUAGUUUUAAAAUAUUAUGUCAUAUACCAUUAUUUAAAAGAGAAUUUUUUUCUUUAAUAUGGAAUAGAUAUAUAGAAAAAGAAUUAUUUCAUUUUCAUGGUUUAAUACAAACGAAAUUUUUACGACGAAGACAUUUUAUUGAUUAUGAAUAUAAUUGGAAUUUAGCAUCAUUUCAUUUUUGGAUAUUUGAUUCUCGUUUAAAACUUUUUUCAUUUGAUCCUAUUGAAUUUAAUUUUAAUAUUACAAAUGAUUAUUUAUGGUAUGGUAAAUGGGCUAUUGAUUUUUAUUUAAUGUUAAGUAAUCAUCGACAAUUAAUUCGUUUUAAUCAUAAAUAUCAUUAUACAACAUUUCGUUCGAAUUUUCUAUUUGAUCUUCAUCUUAUUAAUUCACAUUAUGAUCUUAAUUUUAAUUAUUAUCAUUCAAAUUAUUCGAUUCAAGGUCAAUUUAUUAAAAAUAAACAUACACAUCUAAUAGAUGGAUUUUGGAAUACAACAGCUAAUAUACUUCAAUUGAACACUGAAGAAAUGAAAUCGAUGACAUUAAUUACAUCAACAUUAAUUAAAUCAAUUAUUGAAAUAUAUCAUCAAAAAAUAGGUGUUUUAAUUGAACGUACGACAAAUAAUUUUACAAAUGAUACUCAAAUUAUAGAGUGUAAUCCUUAUUUAAUAAUUCAAAUUCGUCCACGAUUAUUCGUUAUUCAUUAUUAUACAUUAAGUGAUGAUCUGUCAACAAUGAUGUUUGAAUGGUCAACAUUUUCGUAUUUAUCAUGGAAUUAUACAGGUCAUGGACAUCGUAUAAUUCCUAUGACUAAAUUUGAAAUAGAUAUUCGUAAAAAAUACAUAUUUCAUUUUCAUACAUUAACUUUUAAAUAUUCUUCAAUAUAUAAUAAUAAAAAACGACAAUUAAUUAUUCAACGAGAACCAAUGGCAGAAGAUUCAGAUGAUCGUUAUAUAUUUAAAAUGAAGUUUCAUCAUAAUCGUACAUUUUUAAUACAUCUUCAAGUAUUAAAUAAUCAUUAUGAAGUUAUUGGUAAUUCUUAUGAUGAAAAUUUUCAUUGGAAACUUCAUGGAUAUUUUCAACGUGAUCAAUUUAAUGGUUCAUUAUUAAUUUCUAAUAAUGAUUGGUGGUUAUCAUCACAAUUAAAUUUUAAUUCAUCAUUAUACAUCUCUACAGGACGAUAUGUUCAAUUAAUUGCAACAUCAGAUCCUCAAAUAGCUUUUGAAAUUCUUUUAAAAUCUCGUUUUCAUAUUGCUUUUCAAUAUUCAGGUUUACAAUCUAUAAUAGUUUUGAAAUUUUUUCAUAAUUCUUCAAAUAUAAAUAUAUAUUUUUCAUCAAAACCAAUUAAUAAAACAAUGUUUAAUAUUAAUUUUCAAUUAAGUAAUCAAAUUAAUCAAAAUUGGAUACUUAAUAUAUAUAAUCAACGAUUUUUUUUAUAUAAUCAUAAUUAUGAAUUUAUUUUUAAUGGUAGUUUAUAUGAUUUUUCUUUUCAACAUAUAAUUGAAAAUAAAAAAAAUUUAUUUUUUAUUAAUGAAAAUACAAUACAAUUUCAUACAAAUAAUUAUGGUAUGAUUAUUUCAAAUCUUUCAACAGAUACAACAACAUAUAUACAUUUAUAUAAUCGAAAAACAAAACAAAAUUUAACAAUUAAUUAUUAUAAAUUAGGAAGAUUUAAUACAAAAGAUAAUAAUAUACAAACACCUAUUUAUGAUAUAAAUCUUCUUUAUUAUUCAACUAAUGAUGAAAAUCAUUAUAUAAAAAUUUUCUUAGAACUUUUACCAUUACAAAUGUCAUCAUUUAAUUUUGUUCGUGGUCGUUCAUUUCGAAUUGGUUAUCAAACAAAACAAAAACAAUUAAUUUUAUCUGGAAAUAUUGCAUUUACUAUUGAAGAUAUUUAUGAAAAACAAACAAUAAUUAUGAAUGAACGUUGGAAAUUAAUUUAUGGUCAUGAGAAACGAGAUAAAAUUUAUAUUAAAUGGAAUUUAAAAAUUGAUUCAAAUAAAAAAAUUCUUCAAGGUCAAAUAAAUAUUCAAGAUCCAAAUGGUGAAAUGCCUAUACCCAUCUAUAGUAAUAUUAGUGGACAUUUAAAAGAUAUGAUGAUUGUAACAACAAUGCAUACUACUUAUUCUUCAUCAGAUAAUUCACCAAAACCUAUUAUUCUUGAAUUAAAUAUUGAUCAACGUUUUCUCAUUCAACAAUAUUUUUCUAUCAAAUUAAUUCAUGAACCUUCAAAAACAAAUCUAAGUUUAAUAAUUGAUCAUUAUCCACGACGAAAAUUACAUAUUCGUUUAAAACCAAAUAAUUUUCUAAAUGAAAAGACUUUUAUACAUUUAUAUGCAAAUACAACUGAAUCUCAAUUAAAAUUAUUUCUCAUACUUUUUAAUCUAAUUAACUUUAAUUUAACUUUACCUAAAUCAUAUCCUGAAACUGGUUUAUUACAUUCAGCAUUAUUUGUUGAUGAUGAAGAAUAUUUUGAUGGACGUUUUGAUACAACAGCAUUAAAAUUACGUUCAAAAAAAUAUGUAUGUCAAAUAAAACUUGAUCAACUUAUAGUACAAAAACAAUCUCCUGAACAAAUUCUUGCAUCGAUUAAUGCACGAUGGAUUGAACGUAAUUCAACAACUGUACUUAUAACAAUUUUUAGUAAAAUAGAUUUUAAACGAAAAUCUAUUCCAGCUUGGCAAUCAGCUCAACAAAAAACUUGGCUUCAACGUUUUCAACAAUUUUUAUUUACUAAUAAUUUAACAUAUCAAUUUUCAAAAGAUUUUCAAGAUUUUUUCACUUAUUGGAAAACUGAUUUUAUUAGUGAACAUGAACAAUUUAGUAUAAAAUUAAUGAAUUAUCUUGAUUUAGAUGAAGAUCUAAAAUUACAAUUACAACGAAUUAAUUAUACAACAAUGAUUCUUAUUGAAACUUUAUUUCAAAUAGGUUUUCAUAGUGAAAGUCUUUUACAAAAAUACAUGAAUAAUCUUACUUGUUUAAUAAAUCAUCAAAAUUUAUUUCAUCUUGAUAUGUCUCAAUUAGCUACAUUAAUAAUUGAUUCAUUUAUAUUUGAUAUUGUUUAUUAUGUAAAUAAAACAUUAAUUAUGUUCAAUCAUUUUACUCAUUAUCCACGUUCAAUGAAUGCUAUUAUAUCUUAUAUAAGCAAUGAAAUUAUUUUGACUACAUAUAAAUUCAUAAAUAAUUUAUAUUUAGAAACAAAAAAUUUUUUUCUUCCAAAAUUUAUUCAAUAUUUGUAUGAAGCCGAAUUUUUAUUAAAAAUUUCUCCUCUUCUAUCCGAUUCAAUAACAUAUUUUUCAUCGAAUGAUCUUCGUAUAAUUACUAAUUUAUUAAAUUAUCGAUUACGUCAAUUAUUAUCUUUAUGGAUGAAUUCACCAAUGGAAUAUAAAAUAAUGAGAACAAUUGCCAGGGAAUCGAUAGAAUUGAUUGAUAAACUACGUUUUUAUCUUGAUGAUAAACUUGAUUUUUUACUUCCUAGAUUGCAAGUUUACACUCCUCAAUCAUGGACUAAUAGUAGUCAUAAUCAAUCAUUUUUAUUAACUUGGUCAAAACAAUAUAACUUAACUAAUAUUAUUGAUGAUGAACGAAAAUAUCAAUAA